AACUUCUCUACGUCCUUGGAUUCCAUCUAAACCUUCGACUCCGCCUCUAUCCAACAAUCCAAUUGUUUACCCCAGCGUCGUCUUUAAGCUUCAGUCCUGACGAAGUAAAUGAUAAUCAUUCCACUGAGCCGGGCGUUCUCCUGUUCUUCUUGUUCUUCCCCUCCUCCACCCCCCUCUCUUCUUCUCGUCAGCCUCGGAUGGUUGACGGGAGCUCCUCCACAGCUCGAUUGAUACCGCCUGCUGCUGCAACUACAACUACAGCCGCCAUGAUUACCUUUCGAAGAUCGAUAGCCGCCACCAUCUUCCUACUCACUUCCUUCUUCUUCCUCCUCUCCUCCCAUUCCAACUCCAACACUAGACCUGCUAUCUCGACUGUCACUCGCGCAGAACUCCACUCAACACCCCCCUAUCCAGACCCCGCCCAGACACCCACCGCCACAAAUCAACAAGCUGCACAUACCCAAUCCGGCUCAUCCGGCUCAGGCAUAUCAAAACCGGCAGUACAUCAACCUCAUAACCCACCACCCCCAGGUAACCUUGCCCGGAAACCCCUCCGCGAACGACUCCGUUACCAAUUCCCCUAUGACGUCCAAUCUAAAUUCCCCGCCUACAUCUGGCAAACCUGGAAAUACACCCCCGCUUCCGGCGAGUUUGAAGAGAAACUCCGCCCCUUGGAGGCCAGCUGGACUGAAUGGCACCCAACCUUCGUCCACGAAGUAAUCACAGACGAGGCAGCUGACCCGCUGCUGAGAUAUCUCUACGCCGCCUUCCCAGAGAUCCUCGACGCAUACCGCUCCCUGCCCUUGCCCGUUCUCAGGGCAGAUUUCUUCCGCUACCUCAUCCUCCUCGCCCGCGGUGGCAUCUAUAGCGACAUCGACACCUCCGCCCUCCAGCCCGCUGAGGACUGGCUGCCCAGAUACGUCAACCGCUCCACCAUCGGCCUGAUCAUCGGCAUCGAAGCCGACGCCCUCGACCGCGAAGACUGGUAUCAGUGGUACUCCCGCCAGGUCCAGUUUUGCCAGUGGACCAUCCAGUCCAAGCCGGGCCACCCGGUCCUGCGCGAUGUCGUCGCGACAAUCACCGAGGAAACCCUGCGCAUGAAGCAGGCGGGGAUCCUAACCCCGAGCAAGAUGGAUAAGUCCAUUGUCGAGUUCACGGGCCCCGCCGUGUGGACGGAUGCGGUCUUUCGGUAUUUCAAUGACCCGAACUAUUUCGAAGCCGCGCGGCCACCGCAUGGGCGGAAUGUGACGGCGAUGGAUUUUUCGGGCAUCACGGUGCAGAGAAAGUUGGGGGAUGUGGUUGUGUUGCCGAUUACGAGUUUUAGUCCUGGGGUGCGCCAGAUGGGCGCGAAGGAUCCGGAUGAUCCGAUGGCGUUUGUGAAGCAUGAGUUUGAAGGUACCUGGAAGCCAGAGCAGGAGCGGUUUAUCGGCCACCAGAUAGCUAUACCUACUACUACUACUACUACUGCUACACCCGAAAUCCAAAAUUAACAAAAAUUACAAUGGCCAUUUUUUUUUCAACAAAAAGGAAAAAAAAAAAUGUACCGAACAAAAAACUUUCCACCGAAACCAAAGUUGUUCAUUUCCAACUAAUCUAUCUGUCUUACCCACGGACCGAGCGAACGAAACCAGCUGGUAGAAACCCCAGGCCUUCUCCAAUUGAGACAUGGGGAACUGGAAAAUAGAUUGGAAAAAACCAAAUCCCUUUUCACCGCCAGCAUGUAUAUAUAUAUAUAUAUAUAUAUAUAUGUAAUGGGCUAUAACGCCACCCAGGGACCCCCCUCCCGGUACAACUCUAGUUAUACAUGUAUGCCGCGAUCAUACGCAGGAACAGAGGGAAAAGGGGGAAGUAGAAAACAAACCACACACGACAUGACAGCAGCUAGACAGCCAGUCAGCCAAAAGACAUGAUAUGAUAUGAUAAUCAGCAAUUCAUUCGGCAGCACCACCGACCGUACUACACGGCACGGCCGCACCGCUGCUUUUUUUUACCUCCGAUGUUUAUGAAAAUAAUAAAGGCGGACGGGAGAUUCAUGCCCAGCUGUACCAGUCUAGCAGCCAAGGCAGCCAGGCAGGCAAUCGGAGCACUCGCGGCCUUCUUUUAACGGGGGGAUACGUACGAUAUCUACCGAGAAGAUAAUUGAAUCCCAACCCCCGACCUCCCCAUAGUUCCGCGCAGAGUAAGACUGACUCUCUUACAAAAAAAAAGCUAUGCAUCAACACCACAAACUCACCAAGCCACCCCACACCCCCUUUAUGUCCCAUACUUCCCUCCAAAGACAUAUACAAUCUACGCGAAUCGCCAUUGCUUCCUUCCUUCUCUACUUACGUUACUUACUACUACGUCUCUAACUACGCGUUACCCACUAUAACUCACGACUCAAUACCCAAACGAAAACGAAGUGAUAAAACCUUACCUUUUUCACACACGCUUGUAUUCCUAUACUCCUAUACUCCUAUACUCCUAUAUGUAAUAUCUUCCCCACGGACGUUCGACGUACCCCCUUAUUUCAUUUCAUCUCAUUUCCUCCUUCCUUGAGAGCUUUGGGCUUUGGUUUGGGUUUUACUAACUAAAAGAAGGUGUUUUGGGUGUUCAUCGCGUUGGGUUUCCUCGAUCGAAUUUUUAUUUUUACUAUUUUUAUUUUAUUUAUUUAUUUAUUUAUUUAUUUUUUUUUGCUGGUUGUAGUUGUGUUGUUUCGUCAGGUCAAUUCAGUGGGGAGAAAGAAAGAAGAGAGGAUGGAGGGGGAGGGGAGGGGGGGUCCUUGUGACAUUAAAUAGAUAAAAGAUAAAAAAGAGACAAAAACUAAAUAAAUAAAUCAAUCUUAAAUGAUGUUUGGCUCUGCGGUGUAAAAAGUGUAUAUAUGUAAAUACAUUAGAACAGACAUACAUAGAUUGGUGUGAUGGAUGGCUCCUCGGGAGCGUUGGAGGAAGUUGAAGCGGGAGGUAAGGGGUAAAGUAAGUAAACCUUGGAAGGAAGUCGUGAAUUUAAUCAUGGGAAAAGGGUUCUAUUUGUUGGUAAUUGGUAUGUUUUUUUUGGGC